AUGCCAAGUGACCUGGACCAACAGAUCGAGCAGCUCUUACGCUGCGAACCGAUAUCAGAGGAGCAAGUCAAGCGGCUGUGUCUCAAGGCGCGCGAGAUUCUCAUCGAGGAGGCGAAUGUGCAGGUCGUCGAUUCUCCAGUCACGAUAUGCGGGGACAUCCACGGGCAAUUCUGGGACAUGAUGGAGCUCUUCAAAGUGGGCGGGCCGUGUCCGGAGACGAACUACCUCUUCAUGGGGGACUUCGUCGACCGCGGCUUCUACAGCGUCGAGACCUUCCUGCUCCUCCUCGCGCUCAAGGUGCGCUACCCGGAGCGGAUGACGCUCAUCCGCGGCAACCACGAGUCGCGGCAGAUCACGCAGGUGUACGGCUUCUACGACGAGUGCCAGCGCAAGUACGGGAGCAGCAACGUCUGGCGCUGGUGCUGCGAGGUCUUUGACUACCUCGCGCUCGGCGCGAUUGUCGACGGCCGCGUGUUCUGCGUGCACGGGGGCCUCAGCCCGAGUUUGCAGAGCAUCGACCAGAUCCGGACGAUUGACAGGAAGCAGGAGGUGCCCCACGACGGUGCGAUGUGCGACUUGCUGUGGUCAGACCCAGACGAUAUCAACGGCUGGGGCCUCUCCCCGCGGGGCGCGGGCUACCUCUUCGGCGCGGACAUCACGAAGCUGUUUGCGCACCGGAACAACAUCGACCUCAUCGCACGCGCGCACCAGCUCGCGAUGGAGGGCUACAAGCUCAUGUUCGACAAGACGAUCGUCACCGUCUGGAGCGCGCCCAACUACUGCUACCGGUGCGGGAACGUGGCGUCGAUCCUCGAGCUCGACGAGUACCUCGCGCAGGAGUACAAGGUGUUCUCGCAUGCGCCGUCGGACGUACGGUCGAUACCUGCGAAACGGCCGCCGGCGGACUACUUUUUGUAG